AUUUAGCAAAAUUGAUACUCACUAUUUAUAUGGAGAUUUAGAGUUUGAAUGAGAUUUAGAGUUUGAAUCUUAUUUAAGUUAAAUGUUAAUUUAUUUUCUUUUAUUGGGAGAAAGUGCUGAAAUGCCUUCGCUUUUUUUUAGAAUAUAAUAUUAAUAAUAAAAAAAAAUCUGAUGGGUCUUCAUUUGAAAUUUUUCCAUCAACUUUCAUAUAUAUUAUUUUUGUUACCCUCUUUGCGGGUGAGCUACAAAUCAGAGGAGAGAGAGACUUCAACUUUUCAUCUAGAAAUUUCGACCAUCCCAACUCUUCACUCCACCGUCCAGCUCAUCAUCGGUGAUGUGGGUCACCAGUGAUAUUCUCCUUCCCUUCUGUUCUUUGCUCCUUCUCCUCUGUUCGUUUCUCUGUCGUGGGUGUUAUCGGAACUUUUCUUUCGUCUGAGAGCAAGAGAGAUCCAUUGAUCAGAAGCUUCAAGUCAUUCGAUCCAGCACCUCUGUCCUUUUGCUAUUCAACAUGGUAUUGAUGAGAAUAGGAAUUCCGCUUGCUGUUGCUGAGAUGUUCGCCCAGAACCACAGCGUUGUCGUGCAAACCAUUUGGAGUUAGCUGCAAAUAAUUUCAAUGGCUCAAUCGCAAGAGAGGUUGGAGAAAUGCGAAGAUUGAUAGUCUUGAAUUUGAGCAAAAAACAGAUUUGAUGAAAGCAUUCCCCCUGAGUUUCGUGAACUCCAAGUACUUGAACAACUUGAUCUCAGUGACAAUUUGCUGAUUGGAACAAUACCAGCAACAUUUGGAAUGUUAACCAAGUUGGUAGUAUUGAACCUCUCGCAUAAUCAUCUCUCUGGCACCAUUUCUUCCAUUUUCGGUCCAAUGUCAGCUUUGUCUACUGUUGACAUAUCAUACAAUCAAUUAGAAGGUCCCAUUCCAAAAAAUCAAGCCUUUCAAAACUUCGCUGCUUUGAGGAAUAAUAAAGGCUUGUGCGGUAACGUCAGUGGUUUGAAUCCAUGUGGUGAUCUCGAACCCAAACCAAAUGGACAGAGCCAUAGGAUCAGAAAGUUCUUGAUAAUAUUCCUCCCAUUGGCCAUACUGCUAUUAGUACUUGUUGGAGCAUUAUACAUUUUUUAUCAAAGAGCAAUAAAAACAAAAAGCAAAGAUGAAGAAGCAUCGCCAGAAGAGAUUUAUUUUGUGGGGAGCCUUGAAAAAGAAGUAACUUACCAAGAUAUCAUCAAAGCCACAGAGGAAUUUGAUGACAAAUAUCUUAUAGGGAAAGGAAGCCAGGGAAGUGUAUAUAUAGCUGAGCUGCCUACAGGUGAUGUUUAUGCUGUAAAGAAGCUUCAUCCAAUACCAAGUGGGGAAAUCUCCAACCAGAAAGCUUUUACAAGUGAGAUUCGAGCUUUGACAGAGAUCAAACAUCGUAACAUUGUGAAGCUGCAUGUGUUUUACUCCAAUUCACAAUUCUCCAUUUUGGUUUAUGAGUUCCUGGAAUGUGGCAGCCUAGAUAACAUACUAAAGAAUGAGAAACAAGCCGCUGAGUUUGGCUGGAAUAAGAGGGUGAAUGCUGUUAAAGGUGUGGCUAAUGCAUUAUUCCAUAUGCAUCAUGGCUGUUCAAUCCCUAUUGUUCAUUGUGACAUAUCAAGCAAGAACAUUCUUCUAAGUUCGGAAUAUGAAGAAGCUCACAUCACUGACUUUGGAACGGUCAAGUUUUUGAACCCUGACUCAAACAACAUGACCACAUUUGCUGGAACUUUUGGGUAUGCUGCACCAGAGAUUGCUUUCAUUAUGCAAGCCAACGAGAAAUGUGAUAUUUAUAGCUUUGGAGUGUUGACUUUAGAAAUCAUUAUGGGGACACAUCCUGCAGAGCUUGUUAUAUCUUUGGCCGACAAAUCAACCACUGAUGACUUCUUGUUGAAGGAUGUGUUGGACUCACGACUUUGUCCACUCAGAAAACCAGUUCUAGAUGAGGUGAUCUUGGUUGCAAAAAUAGCAUUUUCUUGCUUGAAUGAGAAUCCCCGGUCUCGUCCAACCAUGGAACAAGUGUCUAAGGAACUUGCGAAGCCACCAAAAUCUCAUUCAGAAGAUCAAUUUCACACCAUCACAAUUGGACAACUUAUGCGGGAUUGAACUUGAUUUGCAAGCGCGACUGCCUGUAUAAAUUCUUACACUUGUCAUUUUAAUGUAAAUAUUGUAAGUUUGUGUUUCAAAACAAGGCUUCUUGUUAUUGUUAUAUUAUAAGCUUGUGGCUUUUCAUCAUGUGUAUGAUCAGUUUGGGGCUUGAAUAAACCUGAAGU